UUCAAGGCAGUUUGAUUUUUUAAAUACUUUUCACGUUUACGUCUGUUGGAUUACUAAAGUUGAAGUAUUGCUUUUGAACAAUGUCAGAGGCCUAUAUCUUGGCUGCUCUUGAAUUUUUAAUUCAGUAUGGUGGGAACCAAAAUGUUAAUGACCUAUGGGUGCAUAUGUGUAACAAAUUUCAACAAGUUUCUGAUUUCAAAUAUGGUAUUGGGAAAAGUAUUCACGUUUUCGAAAACUUUUUGUCCUCCAACCCAACAGUAUUCAAUGUCGUUGAUAAUUUGGUGUGUCUAACUGAUAUUAGCGAUCCUCUGACUGGCGAUAAGCCCUCUUCAAACCGGUUUACUCAUCGUAACCAUAACAACUAUAACAAGAACCCACGAAAUAUUCGCAACAGACACACCAUAGAAUCGGAAGCCUCCGCAGUUCGAUACUUUCAGGAGCACUUACUUAGAAAACCGGAGCGGUGGGUGCCUAUAAAAAACCUAGCUGGCCAUCUAUCACAAGCAUCACCUCAUAUUAGACUUAGUGUUGGACCUCAGUCUGAAUUUCUUGGGUUUCUGAUGCGACAUCCGCUGAUAUUUCAUAUUCGAGGUGAUCUUGUUGGAUUAAGAGACAAAUUCAAGACAGCUUGCUUCACAGCACCACCAUCUAACUAUAAACGGAAAUCUACACGACCUUUAUCAUUUCAUGUACCUGAAGAUGCAUAUCAUACAUUACCGUAUCGGGGCCUAAAUGAUGAUUCCUUUAGUCCACCUGCAGUCAUCCAUGAUAAUUUAUCAGCCAAGCCACAAGAUGGAGAAAACAUUGUAGUAAGCCUAGAUGAUUGUAAGGCUAUAUUCUGGUUAAUGUAUGUCAUCAAACGAAGCUUCAAAGAUGAGGUCAUAAUAUCAAGACUACUUGCAGAGCUUUCGCGUGCACCCAAUUUAGUGAGGAAUUGUAUUGGCUGGACUCAAAUAGAGCUUCUGGAGUUUAUGAAGAAAUACAAUAGAAUAUUUAUUGUUGAUGAAAUAACAGGUGUCGUUGAACUGCAGUACACUAACAAACUAAAUCUCUUCAUUGCAUCUAGACAAGUGACUGAUUCAUCCUGUGGCCUGAUUAUAUCACAGAAAGGUUGCAUCUUUUGUGUGAAUAGACUUUGGGGAAUCAUUGAUCUUGGGUUUCACGAGCAUGUAUUUUUCGAUAGGUCAUUAUUUAAAAAUGUUAUGGAUCUUACUAAACAUUUUAAGGUUAAAGAAAUUGUCUAUUUCAAUGCAAUUCUAGCACCUAAAGAUUCUCGAGCAAAAUGGCGUGCUACAUGUGUCUGGAAAGAAACUGAUCAAAUCAUUAAUCAAUUGGCUAAAAUCAAUUACUUAGACACUGGUAUUUCACAACAACACCAACAACAUGUGGAACACAACCACUCUCAGCUGAAUGAUGAUCCUGAUUCAGGAUUGGAUAACUCUGAUGAAAUUGCUGAUCAUAGAAAGUUAAAUAAUAAUAAUAAUAAUACUACAAAAGUGAAUUGUUCAAUUAAGUCUUUAUUUGAUGAAGAUGAUAUGUCUGCGCAGUAUGACUUCAUAAUUAAUUGCUUUGCCAAUGUUCGUAUGGUUGAUGUCUGGGAGAUUGAACAGUUUACAAGUCAAGUAAACCUCACUAAUACGGAGUUAGUCAAUAAUGAUAAUAGUAUUAAUAAUGACAUUUACAACAAUAUUAAUAAUAAUCACCAGAAGCUGUUACAACAACAGCAUACCAAUGGUCAUCCUUUACCGUCACCACAUAAUCCAAUCGAUCUGGAUAGAAGUUCAUCAGUCAGUAGUGAAUCAUUGUCUGAUUUGAAUACAUUAUCAGAAAUACCCAGUAUCAUGUCUGGUAUACAACCGGAACUACCUAAAAGAUUAACUUUAAGCUCCGCUGAUAGUACUAGUAAUAAUAACAAUAAUAGCAGUAGUAGUAAUAGUAGUAAUUAUACUUCUAAUCAUAGACAACUCUAUAGACUUUUAACACAUAAACCAGGCUGUGCAUGUAAAUGUCUUUUAUCCACAGAAUAUAUACUGAUGCCUGAAACAAAGACUGUCAACAGUGUGACAACACAAACCUUAUUCACUGGAGAAGUUAAAGGGAAAUUAUUUUAUCAUGAAGAAACAUAAGACAGUGUUAAUCGUCAUUUCUAAAUCAUUUUCUUAAACUCUUUUAUUUAAUUCUAUUUUCUAACUUAGUUCCCAGACAUACAUGUCAUGCAUAUGUGUUCUUUGUCUGUUGCCUUGUUGAAUACACAUAAUAAAAGAAAUUGUUAUACUUUCUACUCAGGUAUUGUUUAUUUCCACUUUUAUGUAUACACUGAUUGUAUACUCUACCUUGUUAUCUAAUAGACUAUUGUUCAGAACAUAGACUAAGUUUUGUGUCAUUCAAAAAUGAGUGUAUUAUUAAAACCGAUUUACUUUGGCCGAUAAAGGAGACUAUGAAGUCAGUGUUUGUGUGUUUACUGGCUUACUUGCUUGCUUACUUACUUACUUACUUACUUUUACCAUCGUCUCUCUACUUUACUUUCAAUGACGGGUAUAAAACACGAUGAUUAGCUACAAACAGUUUCAUUUUACAAUUUAUCUUUAAUCAAUCACCUUACACGGGAUGAUAUUUUCAUUAAAACAAAAAAGUUACAUAUAUUGUACUAUAUUUUCCUUUUGUUUAAUUUUCUUAUCUUUUCUCAUGUUUUCCUCUUCAAUGUUUAAAAGAUGCAUUUCUCAUUCAUCAAUCAAUCAUAAGUUUUACUUGAUUAAUGGAGAUUUCAGUGUGUGAUUUUGGGGAGUGAAUCUAUCUGGAGUUUACAGCUGUUCUUCUCAGAAGAUGGAAUGUAGAAGCCAACAAAAUUCAUUCUGUUCAGUCGCAUCUUAUUCCCUAUAUUCCUCUAAUUAUCAUAUAAUUAUUAUUCGUUUUUUAAAGAGAAAAAACAACUUUUUUUUCUUGGCUUAUUCGAAAACAUAUUAUUUGUAAGCAUAUCAUUAAUGAUAGUAACAAGUUCAUCGGCAUUGAUCCUAGAAAGUGAUUGGUUCAUUGAAGUUACUUUGAUGGUAAAUAUUAUUUGCUCAUUUUGUUUUAGAGUUUUAGAGCAUUCUUCAUGGCUGUGAGUACACUUCUUCUAUUCUUUGUACACGCAGAUAGAUAUAUUAAUUCACUUUUGUAUUUCACGUUUGUUUCUGAUCUCCUCACCUCUUUUGUCACCGUCUUCUACGCUCUUUUUUCUAGAAAAAACCGAAUUUUUACUCUAC